UCAGUUCCCUAUUGGCCUAAACCACAGAUAAUUCGAAUGCACAUCUGCACCCCACAGCAGCCUGUGCUCCAAGAAGUAAGUUCAGAGGCCAUGAGACUGCCUCUACCACUGUUGCUACUGUUCGGGUGCAGGGCUAUCCUGGGGAGCUUCGGGGAUAGGGUUUCCCUCUCAGCUACAGCUCCCACACUGGAUGAUGAAGAGAAGUACUCAUCUCAUAUGCCGACUCACCUGCGCUGCGAUGCCUGCCGGGCUGUAGCCUACCAAAUGGGGCAACAUCUGGCGAAAGCAGAGGCUAAAUCUCACACUCCAGACUCCAGUGGAUUGCAGGAGCUGAGUGAAUCCACAUACACAGAUGUCCUGGACCGGACCUGCUCUCAGAACUGGCAGUCCUAUGGAGUCCAAGAAGUGAACCAGAUGAAGCGUCUCAUGGGCCCAGGACUUAGCAAGGGGCCAGAGCCAAGCAUCAGCGUGAUGAUUACUGGGGGUCCCUGGCCCAAUAGGCUCUCCAUGACAUGUUUCCACUACCUGGGAGAGUUUGGAGAGGACCAGAUCUAUGAAGCCUACCGCCAAGGCCCUGAGAAUCUGGAGGCCCUGCUCUGUGGGGGCACCAAUGGGUCCUGCUCACAGGAGAUCCUGGCCCAGAGAGAAGAGCUUUAGUCCAAGCUGCAACACCUCUGGAUCUUCUCUAUUUUAUUAUUAUUAUUAUUAAUGGCUGUUUAGAGACAGGCUCUCAUCAUGUAGCCCAGGCUGGCCUUGAACUUGUCCUCCUGCUCAGCCUCGAAAGCACUGCAAUUAAGUCCUGAACCUUCAUGCUUGACCCUCGGAUAUCUUUCUUUCAGCAGUGGUGAUGGUAAGGGGGCAGGGAAGCCUGGCUGUCAAUCUCCCUCCACCUCUCCCUGGGGUACUGGGGCUAAGGGCACCUUUCAACUUUCAAAUAAAGCUCACUGACCUUGAA